CAAACAAAGAAUGCGACGAGAACUAUAGAAUUUCAUUCUGUUUCAAGUCUAAACAACAUAUGCACAGUACAAUUCAGUAAAUUCUAACAAAAUGGCUGAACCAAUUGAACCAGAACCAAACGAGAAAAUCUCCGUGGGUAGGGGCUUGGGGAAAUGUUGCCGUUACCAUUGGAGGGGAAAAUUGACCGUUUUAGUACCACUUAUACUCUUACCAAUGCUGCUCCAUGGUUACGUUAGUGAAUCGCCAGAAAUUGUUUGCUUAUAUUUGUUGGUUAUUAUGGCCAUCUUUUGGAUAACCGAGGCCAUUCCUCUAUACCUGACAGCGCUAUUACCCAUCAUGUUUCUGCCAGUUGCCAACUUUUUGAGCUCCGAAAAUGUGACCAAGCACUACUUCUCCGGCACUGUUGUGAUGUUCUACGGCGGCUUGGUCGUUGCACUGGCCAUCGAAUAUUGCAAUUUGCAUCAACGGAUUGCACUCCAAACGAUCAUUCUUGUGGGCUGCAGUCCCAGGCGUUUACUCGCUGGCUGUAUGCUGGUUAGUUCUUUUAUGAGCCUAUGGAUAUCGAAUUCGGCGGGUACGGCCAUGAUGUGCCCCAUUGUCAAGGCAGUGCUUCAUGAGAUGGAAACUGAGAAAAUCUUUCAAGUAUUUAUGACCCAAGAGGAGGAACCCAUGGAGGAGGGCGAACCCGCGCACCUGUCAAAGGUUGCCAUGUCCUUCUAUUUUGGCGUUGCCUAUUCGGCCACAGUGGGUGGCUGUGGCACCCUCAUUGGCACCGGCACAAAUCUGGUCUUUAAGGGUGUCUACGAAACAACCUUUCCCACUUCCAAGGAGGAAAUCAGUUUCCCUCUGUUCAUGGCCUAUACGUGUCCUCUCGUUGUGAUCGCCAACAUGAUUUGCAUGUACAUAAGCCUCCUAAUCACCCACAUGGCACUCUUUCGAGCGGGCAGCAAGACGGGCCAGGCCCUGAAAGUGGCAACCGAUAAUAAGGACCAAGUGAAGGUCGUUCUACAGCAACGCCUCAAGCUAUUGGGUCCCAUGAGUGUUCAUGAAAUUCAAGUGGUUAUCGUAUUCACAUUAAUGAUUCUAUUACUCUUCACCCGCAAGCCGGGCGUCUUUACGGGUUGGACAGCUCUGCUCAAUGCCCAGCCAAUUGGAACAUCUUCAACAGUUUGUGUUUGUGUGAUUUUACUUUUUGCACUGCCCACUCAGUACACAUUCUUCAAGUAUUGCUGUGGCAAGGCUCCUUUUCCCGCUCAAGCCAUGGAUGCUCUGUUAUCGUGGGAUUUCUUGCAUCGCACCUUGCCUUGGGGUCUCUGCUUUCUUUUGGGUGGUGGCUUUGCUUUGGCCGAGGCCUGCAAAGUGAGCGGAGUGACCAAGUAUAUUGCCAAAUCGAUGUCGUUUGCCUCAGCGAUGCCAAUACUAUUGGUGCUGCUGAUUCUAUUGGUAUUCACCCUGUUCUGCUCCGCCUUCACCUCGAACGUGGUGGUGGCCAACAUUGUCUUGCCCAUUUACUGUGAAUUGGCAUUUCACCUGGAAGUACAUCCCCUAUUGCUCACUCUGCCCACAUGUCUGAUCACAAGUCUGGUAUUCCUGUUGCCCGUGAGCACGCCACCAAAUGCCAUCAUCUGUGGCUACGCAAACAUCAAGACCAAAUAUUUGAUUAGAGCUGGCUUAUUGCCUACAUUCUGGGGACUCUUUUGGGUAUUUGUGAAUAGCAUUAGCUGGGGAAUGGUAGUCAUUCCCGAAAUGAAAACGUUCCCAGAUUGGGCCAAAGAGUGGAAAAACAAGACACGUGGACAUCUAUUAGAUGAACUCAAGAGCUUUUAUUAAACUGUUUAGAACAAAGACUCUGCAAAUUAUAAUGUUGAUUAAAAUAAAUUACGGAAAAU